UAGCAGUCUCCGUACUCCAUAGUUGUCAUGGAAACCCGUUCGGCAGGGCUGGCUUUUCAAGCCUCUAUUCGGGUUUUACAGGGUCACAUCAAGGAAGUCAACACGGUCCCUAUUAUAGGUGAAGGUGAAAUUGAGAUUUGUGCACAUUGGAUUGAAGAUCCUUGAAGUUUGAAGGGGCUGCUCCUGUCAUUUUAUACCAUGUCUUGUCACUGGAAAAGUGGAUCAGUAAGAUCGGUAAGUGGCAGUGUCAGCAGCCACAGAAUCAGCAGUCUAGCUGGAGACCUGGCCAUAGCAUCUGAGCACUAUUCAGCUGGGAAUUAUGGUGCAAAUGAUGGGCUCCUGCAUGGAGGAGAGAAGGAGACCAUGCAAAACCUCAACAUCAGACUGGCUUCCUAUCUGGACAAAGUGAAGGCCCUGGAAGAUGCCAAUGCGGACCUGGAAUCAAAGAUCAAGGAGUGGUAUAUAAAACAUCAACCAAAAAUAGAGGACUACAGCCCUUACUUCCACAUCAUUGAGGAUCUUAAACACAAGAUUGUAGUUGAAAGCUGUGAAAAUGCCAAGAUCAUACUUCAGAUUGACAAUGCCAAGCUGGCAGCAGAUGACUUCAGAAUUAAAUAUGAGAAUGAAGUGUGCUUGUACCAAAGUGUUGAUUACGACAUUUGUGGCCUGCGCAGACUGUUGGAUGAACUGGACUUUGCUAAGUCUGCUCUGGGACCACAGCUCGAGAGUCUGAAAGAAGAGAUUGAAUGUCUGAAGAGGAACCAUGAAGCGGAAAUUAAUGCUCUAAAGGGAGAAAGGUCCGAUGUAAAUGUGGAAAUUAAUGCUGCCCCAGGAGUAGAACUCAGCAAACUUCUGAAUAAUAUGCGCUCUCAGUACGAAGAAAUUGCAGAGCAGAACAGGCAGAAAGCUGCAGACUGGUUCAAUGAAAAGAGCACAGAACUAAACAGGGAGAUUUCCCACAGCAGUGAGAUGGUCGAGUGCCACAAGACUCAGCUGAAUGAGCUACGACGCUCUCUUCAAGAAGUGGAAAUUGAGCUGCAGGCCCAACUUGCCAUGAAAAAAUCCCUGGAGUGCUCUCUGGCUGAGACGGAGCAUUGCUACAGUACUCAGUUGGCACAACUACAGGGCUAUGUAGGGAACGUGGAAGAACAGUUGAGUCAGGUCCGCAGCGAUCUGGAACGUCAGAAUGCAGAGUAUAAACUUCUUCUGGACAUCAAGACCCGUUUGGAAAGAGAGAUUGAGACUUACCGCAGACUACUUGAUGGAGAAGCAUGGCAAUAUAAGGAGGUAUCAGUCCCAGUGAAAGAACCAAAUAAAACCAGGAAAGUGACAACAAUUGUGGAGGAAGUGGUUAAUGGCAAGAUUGUGUCAAAGAAAGUAAAUGAGACUGAAGAGAAACUAAAAAUGUAACAAAGUUUUUAUCAUACAUGUGUAAUAAUGCCAUGUCUAUGCUGUAUGACAUGCCAUGUGCUUGGGAAUA